UUCAGUAGUGCAGUGUGAUUUUUCUUGUGUGUGGUAAUGAUGAAAAUUUUGUAAUUUUUUAGAAAAAAUAUAGAAAAUUUAGUCAAAUUAGUAGGAAAUAUGUGCUAAACUAUAAAACCAAUGAAACGUGUCUGUAUGCAAACUGGAGUAAAUGUGCUGAAUGUCCCAAUUUCUGCAGUCUGGCGAAAGAAAGAAUUAGAAGAAAUUUCAUAAUUUGAAAAACGAAAAGUGGUGUAUGGGCAUGUAGACAGGAGAAUAAUUCUCAAAAGUUAAAGGCUAACAAAAAGAAUUUUGUGGCUUGUGGGUAAAAGUGAAGACAACGCGAAGUUAUUAAAGACGGCAACAGAAAGAAAAGUUAUAAAUAUAGGAAAAAGAGAAAUUGCAGCAAAAGUGGCCGUAGCGGAAAAAUGUUCCUUAUAUUCUAGAUACGAGCUCAAGCACUACAUACAUCAAUGCUUGAACAUAUGAAUGGAUGAUCGAUGCAAUUUACGCAACAUAUGCACCAAACGGAAACGUUAACAUACAUACAUAGAUACACAGUAGAAACUAAUUACGUUUGUGCCCAGCGCCAAAGAACAGCAAAUGCAGCAACGCUAGCUCGUCAAAUAGCAAUAUCUACCACAGUUCUGCAGGGAUUCAAAAAAAAGGAUUAAUUUUAAGCAAACAAGUAACCAACCCACAAGAAAACGAGAUACAAAAACAACAUUUGCCUAAUGAUAAUGUUUUCGAAAAAAGCAACUACAAAAAAGUACCAAGAUUUAACACGAGUUUCCUUACGUUUCUAAACUUUUCAACACCAAACUACUUUAACUGAUGUUCAUGGUAUUUUUUAAAAACACGUUUUUACAAAAAAGAGGAAUCCAGUACCAAUUGUUGGUUGCGACUGGAAAAGCUUAAAGUUUUUGCAUUGUGUAAUAAGCAGUGAGAAAGCCGAGCAGAAACUCAAUAGAAAUUUGAGAGGGACACUAAAUCCAUGUGAAAAGGUGGAGUGAAAUUUUGGUUUGGCUUAAAAUCUGGAAGCAUAUGAGCUGCACUACAACAUUGAUUGUUGCCACAACAAGCGUCACACACCACAUACCUACCGAAGUGGUGGUCAGGGUAGUGAAGAACCACUUGGGAUCAUCAUUCACCGCAUCAUUAACCACAAACAAGCAGUACCAACCAGACUCCUCCAAAAGGGUAUAGCGCAACGGUGGCCAAAACAAAUUGGCUACAUCGAACGGAACACCAAAAGCAUUAGCGAUUAUCAUAAAAACUUUUACUUUAAAUAACAACCAUCCACAGGGCAGUAGUAAAUACACUAAAGUACGGUUAAGGGUGCAGCGUAAGCAGCCAAAAAUUUAGCUAGCAUGGAGUGCUGUUUAUCGGAGGAGGCGAAGGAACAGAAGCGCAUCAACCAGGAAAUCGAACGGCAGUUGCGUCGAGACAAACGAGAUGCCAGAAGGGAACUCAAACUGUUGCUACUCGGCACUGGUGAAUCUGGCAAGUCGACAUUUAUCAAACAGAUGCGUAUUAUUCACGGCAGCGGUUACUCCGACGAAGAUAAACGGGGUUACAUUAAAUUAGUCUACCAAAAUAUAUUCAUGGCCAUGCAAUCGAUGAUCAAGGCCAUGGAUAUGUUGAAAAUUUCGUACGGCAAAGAUGAACACGGUGAACUCGGCGAACUGGUGAUGAGUAUCGAUUACGAAACAGUCACAUCAUUCGAAGAUCCAUAUUUAUCAGCCAUUAAAACACUGUGGGCGGAUACUGGCAUUCAGGAAUGCUACGAUCGACGAAGAGAAUACCAACUCACAGAUUCGGCAAAAUAUUAUCUGAUGGAUCUCGAUCGUGUGGCUCAACCAGAUUAUUUACCAACCGAACAAGAUAUUUUGAGAGUUCGUGUGCCGACAACGGGGAUCAUUGAAUAUCCCUUUGAUUUAGAAGAAAUUCGAUUUAGAAUGGUGGAUGUGGGUGGUCAGCGUUCCGAAAGAAGAAAAUGGAUUCAUUGUUUUGAAAAUGUGACAUCAAUCAUAUUUUUGGUUGCGCUAUCGGAAUACGAUCAAAUCUUAUUCGAAUCUGAUAAUGAGAAUCGUAUGGAAGAAUCAAAAGCUUUAUUUAGGACUAUUAUUACGUAUCCGUGGUUCCAAAAUUCAUCGGUUAUUCUUUUCUUAAAUAAGAAAGACUUAUUAGAGGAAAAAAUUAUGUAUUCGCAUUUGGUAGAUUACUUUCCCGAAUAUGAUGGUCCACAAAGGGAUGCGAUUGCCGCCCGAGAAUUUAUUCUUCGCAUGUUUGUAGACCUUAAUCCAGAUUCUGAAAAAAUCAUCUAUUCUCAUUUCACCUGUGCUACAGAUACUGAAAAUAUUAGAUUCGUGUUUGCAGCUGUUAAGGAUACAAUUCUCCAAUCAAAUCUGAAGGAAUAUAAUCUGGUCUGAAGUGCAUUCAGAUGGACAGACAAUUUUUGUGAUUUUAUUAUAUUCAUGAUUCCUUUUUCGCAUAAAAAUAUAUAAGUAAAAAUAUAAACAAAGAAAAAAUAAACAUAACGCUAAAUUAAUACAAACAAACAAAAAAUAAGAAAAAAUAAUUAGACAAACAAAAUAGCGCAAAUGGCGAUGAAUAUAAAAAUUAAACUAACGAUUAUUUAAAAGAAAAUUUUAUAACGCAAAGUAAAAAAAUAGAAAAUAAUAAUAAAAAUAAAAAUAAAAAAUUACAUAAUAUAAUAAAAAAUAAGAGAAAGCAGCAGUAAUCCUAAAGGGAAACAGAAAACAAAUGAGAUGAAAAUUGUAAAAUGAGACGGCAAUCAGGCACAAAGAAGUGUAAGAAUAGUUAAGCAAGAUAAAUGUAUCCGAAUAUACGGGGGAUGGGAAUGCAGCACAUACCAGGUAGGAGUGUUGAAAGAAUCAAUUUAAAAAAUGGGAUUUUGCUUACAAGCAGCACGGAAUCAUGAAGUGAAAACGGCAAUAUCGCUUCGCAGACAAGUACAUUCAUACAUACACACACACCUAACAAUUUAAAUGGAUGAUUACUGCAUACUACUUGAAGGGAGGCAAUUUAAAUAUAUAUAUAUAAAUAUGUAUGUGUUUAUAUAUAUAUUUAUAUACAUAUAAUUAAUUACGAAUAUACAUACACGCAUUAUUUGUUUAUGUAUUGAUGAAGUAAACCAAUAGAUGUAAACUUUAAUAAAAUUUUAAGCAAAUAAAACGAAAAAAAUAUAUGCUAAAUGCAAGAAAUGUGUAAGUCAGAGAACUUCGACCAAAUAUUUCAAAAGAAGUGGAAAAUUGCAUACACAACAACAACAACUACAAAUUCAACAGCUCCCACAUCGACUGCCGGCUAUUGAAAAGGCCAAAAUCGGCAGGCGGCGAAAGCGGUUGGCGGCAGAAACUUUACAUACCCAUGUAUGUAUGUACGUAGUUAAGGCGACCGGUUUUGAGGGACGAAAUAGAUAGACGAUACUACAAAACUGCAUCAUAUGCAAGGUUUAAAAAUAUGUAACGCGAAAUUUGUGUGUAAAACUCACACGAAAUUUGAAGUAAUACAAGUAAACAAGUGAAGAUUAUUUGAAGAAGAGAAUAACUCUUAUAAACUACAUACACACAUAAGCAUAAAAAUUAAACACGACGCCAUAUAUACACGCACACACAUAAACGCGGGCACGCACACAACUAAAAAUAGUAAAAAAUUGUAUAAGAUUUAUGUACAUACAUAUACAUACAUAUGCAUGCAUACUGUGUUAUGUAUAAUGCAGCACACGGUGGAUAAAAUGUAAAGUGAAAGCAAAAACAAAACAUGUAAUACAAACAUAGACACAUUUAUACGUAGCACUUACGUAUAUUUUAUGCAGGAGCAGAGCGUAUGAAUGUUGCAAGUCAUACAUAUAUACACACAUACAUACAUACAUGCAUACCUAGCUAUAUACUACAUACAUAUAAACAUUAAGUUACAAUAAAAAGUAAAAGUAAUUUUGUUUUUGUAACAUGAUGGCAUUAGAAUUGUACCGUUAACGAAUCGUUACUACUGUUUUAAGUUUGAAAUUUUUUAACGUUUUGAAAACUGUGUUUUUAAUAUAUUAUUGUUUUUGUUUUCAUUUUUAUUUUUUUUUUUAAUUUUCUCGAUAAGUUAACUAUUUUUGUUCUUGUUUUCGUUUUAUAAUUAUUAUUUUUGUAAAUUUGAUAAUAAUAAUAAUAUAAUUAAAAUUAAUAUAAUAAUAUAAUAAAAAUAAUUUAUAUGCGCUCAUAAGAAAAGAAAUAUUUAUAUUAUGAACAAAUAAAGAAUAAAAACAUAAAAAUAUAGAAAAAUAAUUUAUACCUGCUGAUUUAUAACUUUAAAAGGGAGUGGAACAAUUCAAUGUUGGUUUCAAGCCAACGCAAGCACCUACAUAGAUUGGAAGAGGGUAUCAAACCUGUAACAAGCUUUGUGAUAACUUGCAAGUGUUUCAGUUAGCGCUUAAUAUAAUUUUCUGUAGCUCGAAUAGUCAAAAAACAAAGCUAAUGCGUCGAAAAAUAAAAUUCGAAGAGUGCAGCUGCAGUUCAUAGCACAAGUAUUAUUUAUUUUAUUCUGUGUGUUAUAUGUACGCUUGAGCAAAAGGUUCAAACAGCAUUUAUGAACCGCGUUCUUCUGCAAACGAAGCUGUUGUCGAACUCAAGAUAAGGCAUUUUUGCCUCAUCAAGUGCUAUAUGAGUGAUCUCUAUAGUGACGCACAGAGAAAGAAUAAAUAUUAGAUAUGUAUGUCAUAUAUUUUAGUGAAUUGGGCUUCUAGUAAAAAAAAAAACAAAAAAUGUUAACCCUUUUGUAUCUCCGCUCGAAGUGCGCGAUGUACUCAGAAUACCUCGUCGUAAUAAUACGUCGGUAAGACUUUUACUGUUUGUUGUAAUGUUGUAAAAUUAAUGUUACAGGUUUACCAAAAUUGUUUAUUUUCCUCAAACUUUAACAAAAAAAAAUAAUAAUUUAUUGCGGAUUAUUCCGUUCUUGGUGAUAAGAGAGAGAGUUUUUUUCGCGGAUUGUUCCGUCGAAUGAUGCAAAAGGGUUAAAGUAUUGUACCAUUUUUUGUUUUUUUGUAAUUCAAAUCUAAAACUGAAAUCAACAUUCACUUUCUGUUUUUGUAUUUAUCAUUUGAUUAGCAUACAUAUACAUAUACACACACGCAUCCAAGCACAUGGGCCCAAAGUAUAUUGGUGUUGGUAUUGAAUACGUCUCGCAUUAUGAGCAGCCCAUGGGUGGGAGAGUUCGUCGAUAAGAAAUGUAAAAAGCUUUAACUAAACAAAUAUUUAAAUGAAUUAUAAAAAAAAAAAUUAACUCAAAAUGCAUUAGCUUUUAAAAAGCUUAGAACUUAAAUCGUCGUCGUAGUUGUUGUUGAAUGAUUAAGGGAAAAAGCAAAGAUACCUUAUUUUACAUACAUACAUACAUAAAUAUAUAGUUUGUGUUAUUUAUUUUGUUAUUUACUUUACUGGCAUGGAUACUUUAUUUGUAUAACUUUUUGCAUGCAUAGCGCUGAGUUUAAAUUCUUUACGUUUCCGUCCAAAUUAAGGGUAAACAUAAAAACAAGAGGCGUGGUUACGCCCUAUGCUCCGGUAGGAGUUAAAAGAAAAUAUAUCUAUAUUAUACAAUAUAAAAAAAACAAAAAAGGGCAAAUUUUUUCAUAUGUCUUACUGGCAUACAUACGUACAUGCGACUUUUGGUUUGUAUGCAUUUAUUUACUAUUUUUUUAAUCAUGGAUUUGUCUUAAAUGCUUUACAUAAGCAGGGAAUUUAGCGUUGCUUUAAAAAAAUUGCUAAUUGCUAACUCUAACAUUUUUACAUUCAACGCCAUAAGUCAAUCCCACUUGGUUGAUAUGUACUUGCAAGCUCAUUCCAAGUGCGUGCACAAAUUUUCAUAAUAAGUUAGAGAGCGAGCGUCGUUGCUGGUCUAUGAGGCCCACCCCUUAUUUCUUCUCUUGAAGUGGUGCCAGUUUGGUCACAUCCACUAUUACGAAUUACGCUCCGUGGUUUAACUCGCAGAUUACAAAAUUAUGUGACUCGAUUGUGACGAACAUAGAUUGACAUAACCUUACUUCGGGCAGUUAGUUCGUGUUCCUGAUACUUAUCGAGGGGUAAAUUAACAAAUUUUAGUUAAAUUUUUACCCAUCAACUAUUUCUACGAUCUCAAGAUAAAGGCGGUUCGAUCCAAAAUUGAAUUUCUACAAUACCAAAAUCAAUAAUCAGGUCAUAACCUGGCAAGAUAGUAAUGGGCCGUUGCUCUAGUUGUUAUUAUUGAUAUUUAUUUCGUUAAGAUCAAAAUCUAUUCACUAAUAAAUCAGAAUAACGUCCAAGGCAUGCACUUUUCCACAAUAUUGUGAUUUUUAAAUUUACAGAAGGUCUUAUAGGGUUGUAAGAGAAAUGCUAAUCAUCCAACUUGGUUUAUUUCUGAAACUAUCAUCUCGAACUGUCGAAUCGUAUCCCUCUGCAUGUACAAUUGCAUGUUUAUAGUCCAUCAUCUGAUUCAAUAGACCUAAAUACAUACAUACACAUAUUUAUUGAAACAGUUUAAUGUGUUAUACAUGCAGUAUAUGUGUGUGUGUAGUGUGCAUGUGUCGUAAUGCCGUAAAAAUCCUAUAAGUUGUAAAAGAUCUCAAAUUCGCUCACAAAAUGUUCGAAAUAUUAAUCUUAGUUAUAUUGCCUUUUAAAUGAAUCCGUUACUAAGCAGUGUAUAAGUAUACAUACAUAAUAGUUUUCUGUUUUCUUCAAUAGAAAAAAAUACGAAGAGUCAUCUAAAAAGUCACUUGCUGCAUUAUUAAUUCAUUUAAAAAAAAAUAUUGAACUAUUUUUUUAUACUGAAAUUUGCGUGGCGUUAACAGACAAUGAGUGGCAGAAGAAAUAUCCUAUAAGAAUUUAAAACUACAAGUAUAAAUCAAAUUACCGAGAAGUCGAAAAAUGAAAUAAUCUGAAGUCGUGAACAAAAUUACAUUUCAACAUACAAAUUCGAACUCAUAAACAUUGUAUUACAUAUUCAUAAAUGCGUACAUGCAUACAUACAUACAUAAGGUGAAAUAUUAUUGUACCGCUUUUUCGAUUUAUGCUAUUGAGAUGCCCUCGAACAUACAUAUAUACAUAUAUACCGAAACCGUUUAGAUAAUAUAGCUAACUAUAGUACAUUCAUACUUGGUACAUUGCCUACCAUUCUGUAUACAUAUUCACAUACAAAUCAUUCACAAAAUAUCAAAACCAAAACAAAAAACAAACAAACAAAAAAAGAACAUUCGCAAUCGUAAAUGUCUACAACGUCUUGAUCCUUUAAAAAAUAUUUAUAAUAAUAAUGAUUAAACAAACCUGCUUUCAAUAAAUCCAAAUAAUGAAAAAUUAAAAACAAAAUGAAUUAAAAUCGAUUUUUGAAAACUUUUUUCCAUUAGAUACAUACGUAGAUCCAAUCGAACGUUGAAAAAGUCUUUUGGUUUUCAAAGAUCGACUUUGCAUUACAAUUACACUGAGAGAAGCUGCGUAAAACACACACCACCACCUGUCUGCCCUCGUGUGUGGGUGUCUUAUGCGUCGUUAUCAAUAGUCCCUAUACGAAAUGACUAAUUAACCACUUUAAGUGUUAAUUAAAAAAGGCACAAAUAUAUGUAGCUGGCUUGGUUAUGUGUAAAAAUUCCUAUUUUGCAGGAU